UUCAAAUGAACCGACGAGUGGAGCGAGAAUACCUUUUACAUGUCAAAUUUAAUGGCUGAUAGAUUUUGAUCCGCAGUCGGAUCUAAAAAUCGUCGAAUAUUCACAUCAUCUUCUGUGUUUUUCUUUUGAAAAAGUUAAAUCCUUAAACUAUAAACUAUGGCGGAUAAGGCUGAAGAACAAGUCAAGAAGAAGAGGACUUUCAAGAAGUUCACCUUUAGAGGAGUUGACUUGGAUCAGCUUCUGGACAUGCCACCUGAGCCACUGAUGGAGCUGAUGCACUGCCGGGCAAGAAGGCGUUUCAGCAGAGGACUGAAGCGUAAACCACUGGCUCUUGUUAAAAAGUUAAGGAAAGCCAAAAAAGAGGCUCCUCCACUAGAAAAACCAGAAAUUGUAAAAACCCACCUCCGUAACAUGAUCAUUGUACCAGAAAUGGUAGGAUCCAUUGUAGGAGUUUACAAUGGAAAAGCUUUCACCCAAGUUGAAAUUAAACCUGAAAUGAUUGGCCAUUAUUUGGGUGAAUUUUCCUUGACAUACAAACCUGUUAAGCAUGGUAGACCCGGUAUUGGUGCCACCCACAGCUCUAGGUUUAUUCCUCUUAAGUAAACACUUUAUUGUUAUGUUUUUUAUGUUCUAGACCUAAGGUAAUUUUUAACAUAUUGAAAUAAAGGGUUUGAGAGGACAAA